GCACACGCACACACUUGACUUGCAGCGAAAAGCUGUGUGAGGACCGUAUCCUGCCCGUCUCUAGGUUCGCUAUGGACGCCGCCGCUGCUCGAGUCCAGCACUUACAGUCAGUUCUUUUGACUCUUUAACAUGUGGAACUAGAUUGAGAGAGCGGUUGAAGGAAUCACAGCUGGAUAAAGAACAAACUGAAACACUGAAGGGUCGGCCAAAGCAGCACCUUACAGCUAUCACCGUUGUCGCCAACUGGUGUAGCAGAUGUCCGCCAGAGGAAGUCGCCAAGGAAAUUGUCACGCUGUGGCGACCUUGAAACGCACACCGCUGCUGAAGCAGUCAAUAGCCCGUUUCCUUCAGCUGGCCUCUUCAUUGCCCAACAAUUUGUGAUUUCUGAAAGAUGAAGCCUUUCUGGGGACCAUGGAUUUGACCCUUCUUUGUUAUGAAAGAUCUCAAUUGUUUGUAGAAGUAUUUUUGAAGCCAGUCACGAGAAGCUGGAAGGACAUUUGAGAACGCUUCUACGCAGGUUCGUCAUGAAUUAUGUUUCAUGUGGCAAGGAUCUCCGAAACCUUACAUUUGCAAUGUUUGUUAUUACUGCUACACCUCAAAAGGCUCAGUGUCCUUUAUACUCAGAUUUACGCCUGCGCUUCCAUUCUUCCACAAAAACAGAAUUGAUGUUUAUGAUGGCUUAGGCUGAAACACCAGAACCUUAUAUACAUAUUGACAAAGAUGAGCUUUGUGUAUCGGAAACGGUUCUAGAGUGGCAAAUCUCGUAAGACAAAACAAUGUGCAACAUUUCCUUCUGCAAAGUGGACUCAAAGAUUGACCACCUUUUUCAGCCAUCUUUGUACAUUAUUGUUAUUGUGCUAGGACUGCCCACAAACUGCAUGGCACUCUGGGCUGCUUACAUGCAAGUCCGUCAGAAGAACGAACUGGGUAUCUAUCUGAUGAACCUCUCUGUAGCUGAUCUCCUUUACAUUGCUACGUUGCCCUUGUGGAUUGACUACUUCCUCCACCAUGACAACUGGAUCCAUGGGCAGGAGUCUUGCAAGCUGUUUGGAUUUAUUUUUUACACUAACAUUUACAUUAGCAUAGCCUUCCUCUGUUGCAUCUCAAUGGACCGCUAUCUAGCUGUCGCUCACCCACUGAAGUUUGCGAAGAUUCGCAGGAUCAAGACAGCAUUGCUAGUCAGUGUAGUGGUAUGGGUGAUUGAGAUUGUAGCUAACUCUGCUCCCCUCUUCCAUAAUGAGCUCUUCAAGGACCGCUUCAACCAUACAUUUUGUUUUGAAAAGUAUCCCAUGCAGGACUGGGUGGCAGGUAUGAACCUGUACCGCAUUUUCCUUGGUUUCCUUUUCCCUUGGAUGCUUAUGAUAUUCUCUUAUCGAGGCAUCUUAAGGGCUGUGCGUGGGAACAUUUCUACUGAAAAACAAGAGAAGGCUAAAAUCAAGAGGCUAGCUCUUAGUCUUAUCAUGAUUGUGCUCUUCUGCUUUGCUCCUUACCACGUGCUCCUGUUACUGCGCAGUGUGGUCUUCCUCAGCAAGCCCUGUGACUGCCGCUUUGAGGAGGACAUUUUUACUGCUUACCAUAUCUCACUGGCAGUUACCAGCCUCAACUGUGUGGCUGACCCCAUCCUGUACUGCUUUGUCAAUGAGGGUGCCCGCCAUGAUGUUACCCGGGCACUUUCAGCCCUGAUGAGAAUCUUCAGCCGGGGCCCACCACCGGAGGUUCUUGCCAGCGGCUCCAUCACAGUGGAGACACCACUAUCUACCAAAAAGCCCAGCCUCUACAAUGAGUCCAAGGCUAGCACUUACAAAACAGAGCUUGUGGCUCUCAGAGAGGAGUGCCUUCAAAUGACAAUACUCAGUGUUAAGAAAGGAACAAGCUGAAAUCUUUUAAAGAAUGUUCUGGAAUGUUACAUUUUAGCUUUUCUUCAUGUGUUACUGUGAAAGCUUUAUACAGUACUUAUCAGGGCAAAUGUUUAAUGAUAGUUUCACAUGUACACAAUUUCUAAAACAGGUAAUUGUGUAUUUUUCACGAGUUUGAUUUCAGCCUCUUCCAUGAAACUAAAGUUAAUCUGUCUAAGGAUAGAUUUAUUUUACUUAUUUAAACAUACAGAGACAAUCUGUAAGUCUGGCUUUUUACCACUGUAUCAACAGCAUAAAAUUAUACAAUAUUAUGUGCUCUCUGGGUCAGACUCACUGUACCACUGAAGUGUCUUUUACUCCACUUUUACCAAUGCUGGGUAUGUCAUAUGACCUUUGGUUGUACAACUAAAGCCUUGGUCAGAAAGGUUACGCAACACUGAAUUUCAGCUGCUUUUUAACAUAAGUUUACAUUUUUCAUACUAUACCCUUUAAUGCCUUUCGAGACCUCAGAAAUUCAGAAUGCCUUUAGCUGGUCAAGGGAUAUGGGGUGCAAAUUAAAUCACGAGCACUUGUUAAUAAAAUACAUUUUCACAGUCAUACCUAGAUCUUACUGAAUGAUUAAUGGAGGUUAUUGAUACAUGAAGAAUGAAUAAUGCAGGUGCUUUACAGAAGUUCAGAAGCUUAAAGGACUUUAGACACAACGUUCAUAGAUACACUUAACAAUGUGAAACAUGUUACUCCAGAAAUAGGG